AUUUCUUCUGUAUCCUUUUCAAUAUUAAUUAAUGGCAGUGCUGAAGGCUGGUUCAAGCCUACAAGAGGUAUUCGCCAAGGUACUUAGGUAUCCAUAAUGUUAUUUUCUGGAAGGAUCAUGUCAAUACUAAGGAGCUGCUCUUGAAAAUUUCAAAUAAGUUAGCUGGUUGGAAAAAAGGUACACUCUCCAGAGCAGUGAACUGGGAGAAAGUCUGCACCCCAAAGAAUGUGGGAGGCUUGGGAAUCAGGCCUUCUGCUUUCUUCAACAAUGCAGCAAUUGCUAAAAUAGCCUGGAAGCUAAUGAAUGACCAUGAGAACUGGCUCUCUCAAAUCUUGAGGAAGAAAUACUUGAGAAAAGUUUCUUUUUUCGAAGCAAAAAAGAAGCAAACAGGUUCUCUAGCCUGGAAAGGCAUUCUUGAUGCGAGGAAUCUUAUCCUUAAAGGGAUGAGAUGGAUAGUUGGAAAUGGUGAAAAUAUUAAGUUUUGGACUUUCAACUGGGCUUAUGAAUUCCCCCUUUUGAAUCUGAUCCAAAUCAAUGAUAGAAAUGCUAUUGAUUUGAAUGAAACGGUGGCUGAUUACAUUUUUAAUGGUUGUUGGAACAUACAGAAGCUGUUACAGGUACUCGAUCAAGAAACUGUUAAGCAGAUUACUGGAAUACCAAUUCUUGUCUCUAACCAAUGUGAUGAGUGCAUAUGGGCCCCCCCAACCGAUGGCAGAUUCUCCGUCAAGUCAGCAACUUGGCUUCAAUAUCAAAAUUUGGAAAAACAUCAGCAAAGUGACCUUAUUAACAAGGUAUGGAAACUGGAUGUCCCUCUUAAAGUUAAAUUAUUUGGAUGGUUAUUACUGCGAGGCAGGUUGAAAACAAGAGAUAGAUUAUCGAAGUUUGGGUAUAUUGAUGAUAACAGCUGUCCAUUGUGUGACAGCGACAAUGAAACUGCUGAUCACCUAUUUGGUCAUUGUGACUUCACUACUGAGGUUUUCAGGCUUGCAGGAAUUAGUGCUCUUAUGGACUGGCACGAAGGAUAUUUAAAGGUCCUUCGAGAAAUGUUUAUUAACCAACCGUAUGAUAAGUUUCUUUUUGCAAAGGUCCUUAUCAUAUAUUGGCAAAUAUGGAAAGCAAGAAAUGACACCAUAUUCAGAGAUGUGAUUACCACCGCUACUAAUGUUGCAGCAACUGCUGCCUUUCAUUUUAAUGAAACUGCCUUGUACAAGGCUGUUGUUGGGGGAGGUAUUUCUCAAACCACUUCUUCCACCAUAAGGUGGCUACCCCCUCACAACAACUUCAUCAAGAUUAAUUUUGAUGGUUCUGUUCAAGGAAGAUCAGCUGCAGGAGGUUUCGUUUUCAGAAACAGUGAUGGGAACGUGAUUCUUGCUGCUGCAAAGGGUUUAGGAAGUACUACUAUUCCAACAGCUGAAGCCACGGCUCUGAGAGAUAGUCUUGUCAAAGCUAGAGACCGAGGCUAUAUGAAUGUCCAAGUGGAAGGCGACUCGAAGCUAGUGAUUGAUGCUAUCAAUGGGAAAUUAUCCCCUCCUUGGAGAUUGCAGAAGAUUGUCCAAGAUAUUCGGACUAUUGCUACCUCUUUCUCCUCAGUUUGCUUUAACCAUGUAUACAGAGAGGCAAACUUUAUGGCGGAUGCUUUUGCUAAUGAAGGCCACCAACUCCCGAAUGGUCAUGAGUGGCAAGAUGGAUACCCAACAGUUGUUGAUAGAGCGCUGCUAUUUGAUACUGUUAGCUCGGGUUGUCCGAGAGGAUUUUUUUUGUAA